GAUCGCUCUAUUCUUGAAGAAUGUUCUCCUGGUAACUCACAUAUUGCUGCACAUAGUACAGAUCAUAGCGGUGAUGCAGUAAUUUCCUCUUCUGAGUAUGGGAAAUGUUUUACACACGAAGCAGCUCUUAGACGUCAGCAAUGUCACACAGAUGAAAAUCCACUUGCAUGUUCUGAAAAUGGGAAAUGCUUUAUAUGUUUUAUACAUAAACCAAAUAUUGUUACACAUCAGAGAACUCACACAGGUGAGAAACCAUUUCCAUGCUCUGAGUGUGGGAAAUGUUUUACAUAUAAAUCACAUCUUGUUACACAUCAGAGAAGUCACACAGGUGAGAAACCAUUUGCUUGUUCUGAGUGUGGGAAAUGUUUUACAUCUAAAUCAUAUCUUGUUACACAUCAGAGAAGUCACACAGGUGAGAAACCAUUUGCUUGUUCUGUGUGGGAAAUGUUUUAAAACUAAAUCAUAUCUUGUUACACAUCAGAGAAGUCACACAGGUGAGAAACCAUUUGCUUGUUCUGAGUGUGGGAAAUGUUUUACAUCUAAAUCAUAUCUUGUUACACAUCAGAAAAGUCACACAGGUGAGAAACCAUUUGCUUGUUCUGUGUGUGGGAAAUGUUUUAAAACUAAAUCAUAUCUUGUUACACAUCAGAGAAGUCACACAGGUGAGAAACCAUUUGCUUGUUCUGUGUGUGGGAAAUGUUUUACACAUAAAUCAGAUCUUGUUAUACAUCAGAGGAUUCACACGGGUGAGAAGCCAUUUACAUGUCCUGAGUGUGGAAAUUGUUUUAUAUCUAAAUCUGCGCUUUCUGGACAUAUGAAAUGUCACACAGAUGAGAAGCCAUUUCCAUGCUCUGAGUGUGGGAAAUGUUUUACACUGAAAUCAGUUCUCGUUAGACAUAAGAGACUUCACACAGAUAAGAACCAGCUAUUUUAAUACACCAGAAAGUCACAGUUGAAUUUCCUUCGAUUGAUAGAUAUAGAAAAAAUGUUGCAUUAAAAUUUUACAUAUAAGAAAACCAUUAACAUUUAUUUAGCACCUUUUUCCUAAUAAGAUUCAAAGCAAUUUGUAUAAGGUGAGACAGACAUCUUGAUACUGUAAGUAGUCACUCUGGUCCAUGCACCAUUGGAGCUUACAAUCUAAAUUCCAUAUCACACACAACAAACUUCAUUUUUGUCAAAAGCCACUUAAUCUACCAGUUUGUUUUUAAACUUUGUUGGAGGAACCAGAAUAAGCUUGAAGAGAGCACACAAACUCCACACAAAUAGGGCACAGGAUCUCAGUGCAUGCUGUGUGACUCUAUGCAUGUGCUAGUUCCUGCCAUGAGUGUGACUCUGUGUGUGAGAGACACUAAGAACAGGAAGCUGGAGACCCUCUGAUGUCACAAAUUACUACAAGGGGCUAAACUAGAGUGACCGGCUAUCACCAAGAUCCCAUUGUUUUCCCCUAGCGCUGAUUCCAAAAUUGGGGCAAGAAAACAGCAGGGGGGGUCUCAUCAGGACUCAUCUCUUCUACAGACCCUCAUUGAUCUGCACUAAUCAGGAGACACCAUUUCCUUGGACCACCCUUUGCAAGAGGGACUAUAGUGGUGGGGAUUGGAACCUUUAUAAUAAGAGGAUGUAAGAGGUGCAGGUGUGUAUUUGCCUCUGGAAGCGACUGGUCCUGGAGCCUAGGCCUCUGCCAGUGUGGUGAGGACUGUGCCUGGGAUCAUUGUGGCUACUGGAUUACUGGCUUUUCCUGGGAUUGCAGACUUGUUGGCUCUGCCUGGUCUAUUCUACAAUUGUGGACUUGCAGUCUUGUCGGCUCUGCUGAACAGAAACUCCCAUGGUCCUACACACUUAUCCUGCAUCCAGUCAUUAAUCACAGACCGUGCGGGAGAGUUCUGCAGAGUCUGACAGAUGGCUGCUGCUGCCGGUUGUUGGGACCUGUUGAUCUGCUUUUCAUUUCAAAUAUGUUCAUCUU